AUGGACGCCCUCCCCGACGAGCUGAAGCUGCACGUCAUCUCGUACCUCGACUGUGCUCCUCCGUCCGACGCCCACUUCUUUGACGAGCCCGAUCCCCAUGCUCUCACCUCGUUCCGUGACCGCUCCCUCAAGGCCCUGUCUCUCGUUUCACCCCGAUGGCGCCGUAUCAUCAAGCCCCUGCUCUUCCACCAUCUCGUCUUCAACCUGCACAUCCUUGACGACCAACACAAUGAGUGGAUCCCAAGCCUCGCCCCAGAGUUGCCGCGCAUCCGCUCCUUUCUGGCCAAAUUCGACCGCCGCCAUCACGUGAAGAGCUUGGUUGUCUGCGCCCACGGUGAAAUCUACGGUUCGCUGAGGGCCGAUAUCGCCUCCGUCUCCACUGACUUCUGGUCUGUUGUUUUCGACCGCAUCGAACCUGCUUCGAUUAAAAUCGUCGCCCCGCCUGCCGCUCUGGCCCGUCUCGCCGGCUGUGGUGGCUGCUUCCAACAUAGCUGGGCCUUCGAGCAGAGCUAUCACGUCCUUGAGCUACGUCAGAACGUUGACCUUGCUGAACACGCUUGUGCCCAUCCCUUCGGUGCCACCGACAACCUGAUGGCCAGGCGCCGUUGGUGCCAUAUUGGCUACAACGAAGGCUCCUCGCUUUGCGCCUAUAACUUGUACGAGUAUCAGCACUACCGUUCCCCGUGCGUCUUGAAGCUCCUUCUCGAACGAGCGAGCUGGGAAUCUAGCGCCGCCACCUCGCUCACUUACGUCGCAAUCUUUCCCACAACCGAAAAUGUUACCCGUUGGGCCAAACACUUGGCUCUCUUACCCGCUCAGUGCUGCCUCACUUUUCAGCUGGCCCCGGAGCCGACUAGCACCAUCCUGCACGAGCCCCACCGAAUGAAACGAGCUCAGCCUGCAGACCUCUGGACCGAGCUGGACCGGACCUACAAAAUCUUGGCCGGCUUCCUCGUAUUGUACAACCGCCGACGCAAUAUCCGUCUAUCCGUAAAGAGCCGGGACUACAGGUGGGAAUCUCUGGUCGAAACCUUGGAUGAUAGAAUACAUUUUGGUCACCUGAAAAGAAAUGGUUGGGCCAAAGCUGGUGACUCAGAAUGGGUGCCAUUGGAGCUGGAAAAGCAUCAGUCACUGUGA